AUGACUCAAAUCAUCUCAAAUCACUUGGGUAUACUUGGGCUGUGUCCCAAGAACGAUUUCAAGCCAUUCAACCCACUACACCAUCUCCAGGCUCUAGGAGCCUUUCGUCGGAACGAAGCGCCUGCAAGGAAUUCGCAGUGGGUGGCAACUUCAGGGCAGUUCUUGCGAUUGCCGGGCAAAACUGCCAGGACAUGGCUCACAGAACAACAAGAAGAGACGGACCGUCGCAUCGCUGCUGGUCGACAACGGUUGAAGGCUCAAAUGCAAGCACUGCUUGCUGAGCACCCCCAGGUGACCGACUUGCCGCCUGGUGUUUGUGAGCUGCUGCUGACGGAGCAACGUUCCCAGGCGAAGGCGGCGCCUAAACCGCAAGCACCCAAGCAGGCUGCAAAGCGCAACGCACUUGACUAUUCGCGUUUCGAUGGUAUUGUGCACACCUGA